AUGACCAAUCACAGCACUUUUAGAACAAGCAUACAGCCUAUCAGAGAUCAACAGACGUACGUCAGUCUCAACAACGACAAACGCCACUUCGCAACGGAUCGCCCAAGAGCUACACCUACACAGGUACAGUUUCCGGAGAUGGCGAAGGAGGACGCUUCUAAACCUGCGUCGGGUAAGGAUAAGCCUGCGAACCCGAAGAAGACCGCUAGCAAGAAAAGCUCCAGCUUUGUGUUUCCGAUCGUCUCAGCUGCUGUCGUCGCAAUCGCUGUGGGUUGCGCAACGUACGCGGAUGUGCCGCUGAAUGCCGAUGGUCUGCAGAGUCUUGUGGACCAGAUCUCGAACUUCGGAGGCAAACCAGGCCUCGUGGACUCGAGUACGGAGGAUGUUCCUUACAAAUACGAAACAGACAUGGUGGCCUUGCAGGUUCGCCACCUCGUGAGCGAGCUCAAAUGCAACGAUUCCGACUACACAGCCACCACGCUCUUCGACGGCAAAGUGUUUCACGUCACGGAGCCAAUGGAGGCUGAGAAACCCAUGGCUAACGACCGAGUCUUCUUCAUGCUCAAUGGCGCCAAUGAUGGCGUGUACGUGUCCUGGAACGGUGACUUCGAGUGCGUGGGGAAGGCGGCCGAGGUGGCUGCAGCGUGGCUCGGAGCGGACCGAGACGUGAUGGUGAACGGCGUGCGUCUGUAUAAUCAGAUGGGCUGGCCCGUUCGCAACGAGAAGGAACUGCGUGAGACGAAGAGCAUCGUUCACGUGUUGCUGGAUUUCCAGUUGUGGCAGUGGCCGGGUAUCAAGAAGGGUUACAAGUACGUGUUGGAAGAUGGCGUGACGUUGACGACUGUGGGUAUGAGUCCAAAGGUAUUCGACGUCGAGUACUUUUUCAACCAAGAGGAGGCAGAUAAGGUUAUUGAUAUCGGAUCACCGUUGUUGGACCGGUCAAAAGUCGACGGCAGCAACUCGUCCAAGGUUGUGACCAAGUCCCGCACGAGCCACACUGCCUUCUUGCCCGACAGUCUAUUCACACGCGACUUCCAGAAGCGUUCGGCUCGUGUUGCGCGUCUGCCAAGUCCGUCCUAUGUGGAGCGCAUGCAGCUAGUGCGCUACGCUGCUGGUGAGUUCUACCGCCAGCACUUCGACACUUUCCACUCGCGUGAGUUCCUACCAAAGGGAGCUGAUUCGUUCGAGUUUGAGGACUACGUGGAGUGGACCGAGUGGGCAGCUGAAAAACUUCGCGGUUUGGACCCGAGUAAGAUACCUGAGGAGUUCCGUGAGGGUGGUCCGCUGUUCCCGAACGCUGAAGACCCUAAAACUUUCCCCAACGCACUGCUGGAAGUGUUCUACGACUACAUGAACACGAGCAACAGAUUCAAAGCUCUGUUCGAUACUGAUCAGGGUGCGUGGAUCCGCACGAACCUGGACAACGGAGCCGAGAAUCUGGUGAAGGAUCUGAUGGACGAGAAGAGGCGUCCGUCGUAUCUGCCUCGUAUCAUCCAAACCUGGGAAGAAAAAUUGGGUCUUGGUGAGCUACGCUACACGUUCCCCAAGCACGACACGAACUCCGUUUCGCACUUUUUCCAGUGGGUUCGCUGGGCCAAGGAACGCGUGAGUUACCUCGGAGAUAAGGUGCCUGCCCAUGCCCGUCCGGAUGGAGAUUUGUACCCGAGGUUUACCGUGGAGUUCCAGGAGAAGCUGGUAGGCUUCAUCCUUGAUGACUACACCAAGGGCUUUAUCACGCGCUUGACCAACCCUGAAUGGUACGACUGGAUGGUGUUUAACCGCGGUCGCAACCACGUUCUCUUCCAGGUUAUGCAGGCUUGGCCGCAGUUCGCAGAGUUGGCGAUCCGUACAUGGGAAGCACGCGUUGGCAACGUCCCGGAGCUGCGCUACAAGCUGCCCGAGUACGUCCAGCACUUCCAUCCGCAGCGAUUCGUCACGCUGUUCCUGUACUUGAACAACCAGACCAAGAUCGGCGGCGAGACUGUGUUCCCGUUCUCGCAGGAUCGAUACUCGGACGAGAAGAUCGUACGCGACGGUAUGGAUGAGUGCUCUUCCGGACUGGCAGUGCCCCCUCUUGGCUUGCACGCCUCUCUAUUUUACGUUCAGACGCCGGAGGGAAUUCCCGAUGUUAUGAGUCGUCACGGUGGAUGCCCCCCUCACGAGGGCAUCAAGUGGGGCGCUAACUCGUUCAUGUGGGAUUCGGAUUCCGAGGAAGGUGCCGAUCUAUGGACUACCAAGUAG